AUGGGGGAGCGCGGCGCGGGCGGCUCCCGCCGCAGGAGGUCCGGGCCCCGGCGGCCCAGCGCGGGCAGCCCGGCCGAGGGGGAGCCCGAGCGGGAGGCGGAGCUGCCCCGGGGGGGGCCGGAGCCGGCAGCGGAGCCCCCCGCCGAGAGCGACCCUGACAACUGCGGGGACUUCAGGUGUCACAAGGUGCAGGAGUCUCUGCUCAGCUCGUCCAGCGGGUACAGCAACUACCGGGGCAUCCUGAACUGGUGUGUGGUCAUGCUGGUCUUGAGCAACGCCCGGCUCUUCCUAGAAAACCUCAUCAAAUACGGGAUAUUGGUGGAUCCAAUCCAAGUGGUCUCCCUGUUCCUGAAGGACCCCUACAGCUGGCCCUCCUUGUGCCUUGUCAUUGUGGCCAAUGUGUUCGCGCUGGCUGCUCUGCACACGGAGAGACGCCUGGCAGUGGGCUCCAUCUCAGAGAAUGUCGGCUCCAUCAUCCAUGCAUGCAACCUCCUGACCAUCCUAUGUUUCCCAGCACUGGUUGUGCUGAUGGUCUCCUCCGUCACUCCGGUCGGCGCCGUGUUCGCUCUGUCCAUCUACACCAUCCUCUUCCUCAAGCUCUUCUCCUUCAGGGAUGUGAACAAGUGGUGCCGAGCCAGGGGCCGGGCGAAGGCUGUGCGUGUGCGCCCAGCUUCCGGGCUGAAGAAAGCCAAUGGGGAGAUGGUGCCGAGCGGCGUGUGCUAUCCAGCUAACCUGACCUAUAAAGACAUGUACUAUUUCCUGUUUGCUCCCACCCUCUGCUACGAGCUGAACUUCCCUCGCUCGCCCCGGAUACGCAAGCGCUUUCUGCUCCGCAGGCUCUUUGAGAUGCUCUUCUUCAUCCAGCUGCUGGUGGGGCUGAUACAGCAGUGGAUGGUCCCCACUAUCCAGAACUCGAUGAAACCUUUCCGGGAUAUGGACUAUUCCCGAAUCAUAGAGCGCCUCCUGAAGCUGGCUGUCCCCAAUCACUUGAUCUGGCUCAUCUUCUUUUACUGGUUCUUCCACUCGUCCCUGAACGUCCUGGCUGAAGUGAUGCAGUUUGGCGACCGGGAGUUCUACAGGGACUGGUGGAACUCGGAGUCGGUGACGUACUUCUGGCAGAACUGGAACAUACCGGUGCACAAGUGGUGUCUCAGGCACUUCUACAAGCCAAUGAUCAAGAGGGGGGUCAGCAAAUGGACAGCCCAGACUGCAGUGUUCCUGGCAUCGGCUUUCUUCCACGAGUACUUGGUGAGCGUGCCCCUGAAGAUGUUCCGGCUGUGGGCGUUCAUGGGGAUGAUGGCUCAGAUUCCGCUGGCCUGGCUUGUGGGAAGGUUCCUCAGAGGCAACUAUGGGAACGCAGCCGUAUGGAUCUCCUUGAUCAUCGGGCAGCCGAUAGCCGUCCUGAUGUACGUUCACGACUACUACGUGCUCAACUACGAAGGCAGCCCGUGAUGCAUGUGGACUCCCUGUUCCUCCCUCUCCUUGCGGUGUCCGCAAGGACCCUGGCCGGGGCAGAGCCCCCACUUCCUGCUGCUCUCCAAAAGCCUCUGGGACUGACUGUAGCACCAGCACAUGCGCGGAGAUGUCGUCUAAGGAAGCUGCCUUGUCUUUUUGUGUGUGUGUAAUCAAUGGGGAUGAGUAUUUUUGUGAAUUGAAUGUUGGAUCAAUGCAAUAUCCUCCGGUGAGAAGCACUGGGGAAGAGCAAGGGCCUCCACGGGACCCUUCUCUCCUGUCACUGGUGUUAAUGCUCAGGAUCAGAUUCCUGAGAGGGCAUUUCCCAGGCUCCUGUAACAGGCCCUGCAGGGUGUUCGGGACUGAGCUUAGGGCCUGCCCAAGGCAGCACCAACAUCUUCGGAGGCCAGCUGGAGAGCGUGGCUAGCUGAGCCUUCAGAACGUGCUUCUGCUCUGACCACCUCUGGAAUGUUGCCCCUGUCUUGGCAGUAGGAGAUGGGCGCCUGCUGCCUUGUCUCUAGGAGCUGGCCAGCAGCAAGGGCUGGGCCUCCAUGUAGGGUGUCAAAGCUUUAAUGUGGUGGCUCCUUUGCCCUGCCUGGUGCAGAGAGGCAGCCAGCUGGGAGCUGCCAUUUUUUAAGGCACUUUAAAAGGACUUUCACUAAGUCUCAGAUUUUGUUCACUCCGUCCCAUGUUCAGACAUGCCAGCUACCGCCUCUUUAAAAGGCAGCUGUUGCUGAAGGGUCUCUCCCUCAGGCCUGAUCCUGCAGCCCUCCUGAGAAUCCUUCCUGGUACCAGCCUCUCCCUGGAGCUAGCCCCUGGCUGCAGGACCCAGCAGAUGGCACUGGGCUCCUCAGACAUGCACCAAGGUGAACCAGGAGCUGCCUGCUCUUGUGUGAAGCUUCCCAUGUAGGGGAGUCUGUUUGUGGCCACCCUGCAGGUGCCUCUGGUUUCUGUACUGUGCACAGGUUCCACCUGGGCUCCUCUCAGCUGUCCCCAUAGUCCGUCCUCGAGCACGCCCAGGUGGCCGCAUUGCCCUCCAUGGCUGUGCUGCUUGGGGGGUGUGACUCUGAGAUGGCAGGUCCAAUCUGGAUCUGUGCUGAAUGUCACCUGUGGGGGGUAUGAGCUGUCCAUGCAGGGGCCACAGUCCCUUGUGCUGCCCCAUCUCCAAAUGUCUGCCCUAGCAACACCUGACACUUCGUCUGUAUCUGCCAAACCAUGAAUAAAGCAUCUUUUCCAAAACU